AGUUGGGGAACUCAAACGGGCAGCCGGAGAAACGCCACAUCUCUCCCUCCCUCUCUCUCUUCCUUGUGAAGAAAAAGAAGGAAGAAGAACGAGAAGAAUAAAGCGGUCUCUCCAGCUCUCGAGGGAGGAGGUUCAUCAAGCUCUCUUUCCUUGCUCUCUUCAAAUCUCUGUCCGUCCUUCUAUAUAUCUGUACCUUAUCUUUAUAUCUGGCGGAGGAGGAGGACGGGCGGAGAUGAAGCCAUUGAAGCCGGUGUUCUUGAAAUGCGCCGUGCAGAAGUACGAGUGGGGAAAGAGAGGGGAGGAGAGCGCGGCAGCGAGGAUCUUCUCUCGAAACUCCGGCUGCCCAGUUGAAGACAAGCCGUAUGCAGAGCUGUGGAUGGGUACCCACGACUCCGGGCCCUCUCUGGUGUUGUUUUCCGGUAGCAGCCCUGACUCGAAGCUUCUCCCAUUGAAGGAGUGGUUGUCGCAGAAUCCGGAAGUUCUCGGGGACAGGGUGGUCCAGAGGUGGGGGACGGACCUGCCUUUCUUGUUCAAGGUUCUUUCAGUUGCUAAAGCAUUGUCGAUUCAAGCUCAUCCAGACAAGGAAUUGGCUCCAGUUUUGCAUAAAGAGCGACCAGAUAUUUAUAAGGACCCAAAUCACAAACCUGAGAUGGCUUUGGCACUCACUGAGUUUGAAGCUUUAUGUGGUUUUAUUGAUCUUGAGGAGCUUAAGGGCGUGCUUGGUAGUCUCCCCGAGAUAGUGAAUUUGGUUGGCAAGGAGUCUGUUGAGGAGCUUUUAAACAUUGAUCGUAGUGAUGCAAAGGAUGUCAAAGCUGCCCUGCAGUCGGUCUUUACACAACUAAUGUCCGCAAAACAGGAUGCAGUUUCUGAAACAGUCUUGGAGUUGAAAAGCCGCUUGAUUAAAGAAAAACAGGUCAGGCACUUGACAACUAAAGAGCAGCUUGCUCUUCGGCUAGAAGAACAAUAUCCCAAUGAUGUUGGAGUAUUAUCGUCCUUCUUUCUGAACUAUGUAAAGCUUAAUCCUGGUGAAGCUUUAUACCUGGAUGCAAAUGAACCUCAUGCUUACAUCUAUGGUGAUUGUGUUGAGUGCAUGGCAACAUCAGAUAAUGUUGUUCGAGCUGGUCUGACACCGAAAUAUCGUGAUGUUGAGACUCUUUGUUCCAUGCUUACAUACAAGCAGGGUUAUCCUAAUAUUCUGAAAGGUGCUGAAGUAUCAGAAUACACUAAGAGUUAUCAACCGCCAUUUGAUGAGUUUGAAGUUGAUCAGUGUUGCCUUCCAGCUGGAAGGUCCACAACUUUCAGCGCAGUCCAAAAGCCAUCCAUUUUCAUUGUCCUCGAUGGCCAUGGAUCAAUGAAGAUCGGUUUGGAGGAUGAAAUUUUGCUCACAACAGGAAAUAUUUUCCUUGUUCCUGCUGGCAUGGAGAUCAUUUUAACUGCUAAUGCUGAUAGUGCAGAGACUAGCUCAAAGGAUAAUGAUACCAAUGAGAAUAACAAGUCUAGUACAUUUCAACUGUGCAGAGCUGUGGUUAACAGUCGGUUUGUAUGAGAGGAGAAUUCAUAAGUAUAUAGAGAAGCAUGUUACAGUCCUCCCACGCGAGGAGCUAUUUAUCUUAGAGAUUCAAUAAGCCUGAAGUGAGAUGUAUAAUGAUAGUCAUGUAUACGGCGAUAAAAGUAAAACAACAAAGUAGUGGAUAUGUUACCACGAUUUUCUAAUAUUGCGUACUCUUUUGUUAUUUAUUGUCAAAAGGGGAAGAAGAGAAGCAAUAAAAGAUGCAAACAACAGUUCCAUUUUUUCA